CUUUGUAUAAAUUCCCCUAUCUACUUUCCCAUUGAAUUUAUUCCGUUUUAAAUAUAUUUAUAUGAAAAUGAGGGGGGCUGUCGUUCAAAGUGUGUGACGGGGUCAACUUUUUGUUGAUGUGCAUAGAUGACUAUGUUGAUGUCUGGAUUUGAGUAAUAUGAAACCUUAAAUCUGAAGGACUAUGAGUUAAUAGUUUGAGUCAAGCAUAGAGGCUGUACUAUAUGUAGCUUGUAAAAUAGCGAUACAGGACACUGAAUUUGAUGAAUUUACUGCACAAAUCAGACAAGAAUCAGCACAAUACUCUGUCUCAGUUGCUUCUGUCUCUUCAUGUAAUUUCAGACUGACUCCAUGAUGUUGAGAUCAGGGCUCUGUGGGGGGCAAAACCAUCUGUUGCAAGACUUAUCGCUCUUAUUGUCACUGAAGAUAGUUCUUUAUGACUGUAGCUGUAUAUUUGGGGUCGUUGUCAUGCUGCAGAAUACAUUUGGGAGUGUUUAGAUGCGUCCCUGAUGGUAUUGCAGAAUAGACAAGAAUCUAAACAUAUGAAGUGCCUAAAACUUUUGCACAGUCCUCUUUAUCAUCAUAUCAGUAUACAAUGCCGUCAUUUGUCAGCCAGCAGUCAAACAGUGUGGAAAUACCAUCAGUUUAUGUUGUUGAACAAUUACAAGCCAGGACAGCACGCCUUUGAAUUCUAAUUCACCUCUGAAUGCCCAUGACUUUAAAAAACCUCUGUUCAAAUGUAUCCUGUAUCCUUUUCAACUAAUUACCCAGAUUGCACAGAGCACAGCUGACACUUAAAUCCAAAUAUAACAGAGCAUGUGCAGCAUGUUUGACCUCUGUUUAAUCAUAUCAAAGCCCCAGGCCAGCCCGCAAACCAUCCAGAAAUCAUAAAUACACUCAUCAUAAAGGAAAAUGUGGAAAUGUAUGAGGAGACGAAAGCUUUAUCUGUUUUUCUGCGAUAUUAAAGGAUCGCACCCAGACAGAAAUAACGAUUCAAUGGCAAAUUAUUCUCAGGACGUGGAAGACUCCUGGGGAGCCUACCUACAGGAUUGGGUAACAGAGUAAGGACAGAAAAAUAAUGAAAUGGUAAAGCAAAUGAAUUAUAUUGAAUUCCAUAUGAGAGUUAUGCUGUUUUUUUUAAUGUAUCACAUAAUUUGCAGGGGGUUUUUUUGUUUUUGAUUGACCAUUCUUGUUUCUUUGUUUGGGGGUGUGAAUAAGGAGAGUUUGGGUUUACCCACCACAUAUCACACUGCACUGGGUGGGUGACAGAAAUAGACUACUACAUGCAUAAUCUAGUGUCAUGCUAUAGUUUCAAGCCUACUUCUCAAUCGUACACCUACAUCUCACUUAAACAGGAAAUCAGGAGGUCUGAGCGAAGAGCAGCAUGUUAUACUCACUGUACACAAGGAGCCACACGGAGAGGAGCUGCACAAAGUGCAGCAGCAAAACACGGCUUCGUCUCAUGAGUUUUCAACUGACACCGAAGCUUUCUACAUCUAAAGAUUGAACCAAGGAGUCUCAGUUAAACUACUUGUCAUUACAGCAGACGGUCUGCAAAGCAGCAGUGUUUAUGAGAAUCAACCCACGCUCUCUGAUUUUCAUUUGACUACAUUCAAAAAACACUCAACCUGCAACGAUGAACGAGACGGGUGCCAACUGUGGUGUGCCCUCAGCAGAGUACCAGUACUACGUUUACCCAGUGGUUUACAUCUUAGCUUUAGUUUUAGGUCUACCAGGUAAUCUCGCUGCCCUCUUCGUCUUCACCUUCAAGAUCACUCCCCGCACAGCCUUCAGUGUUUACAUCAGCAAUCUGGCUCUGGCAGACAUCCUCAUCCUGUGCACUCUACCCUUUCGGAUCCACUACCACCUCAACAGAAACAACUGGGAGUUUGGGGACUUUACCUGCCGCAUCACAGGGAUUCUGUUCUUUGCCAACGUCUACAUGAGCAUCUACUUCAUGACGUGCAUCUGCGUGGACCGCUACAUGGCCACCGUACAUCCGCACGUCUACCUGAGGCUGCGGAGCCCCCGGUGCUCUCUGGUUGUGAGCGCAGUGCUGUGGGGCGUCAUUGGGGUGGCUAUGCUCGUCUUUGUCCUCCUGGGACCUCUGAAAACCAACACUCAAGAAUCUGGAGGUCAUAGUUGCUUUGAGAAUUUUGCCAUGAAUGAGUGGCAAACGCGCUUAGGGGUGUACAGCGUGCUUGGCCUGAUCUUUGGCUCCCUGCUGCCCUCCAUUAUCAUCCUGGUGUGUUACCCACUGGCUGCGAGACGCAUCUCCAAGAUACAGACUAAAACAGCCCAAAAAGCCGUGAGGGUCAUUUACACCAUCCUGGCUAUAACGCUGUUCUGCUUCAUGCCCAACCAUGUUGUGUACCUGCUGCACUUCCUUCGACGCAUGGGUGUCAUCGAGAGCUGCUCUGCCGCCGAUGCCAUCUACCACGCCCGGCGGAUCACCCUGGCCCUCGUCACCCUCAACACAUGUCUGGACCCUGUGCUUUACUAUGUCACCACCAGCCACUGCAACUGGAAAUGCUUAAAGAUGACAUGGCUGUGGGGAACAAUCAGGAGGACCAGAGGUGUUUAUACCAUUCCAGUUAGCUGAGU